UCUUGUAUGUCUAAAUUAGGAAUUCAGCAGGAUUCAAAUCCUAAAUUACACAGCUAUCUUCUGAGAGGUAAACUACUAGAAUCUCAGAAUUCACUUUAGUAACUUGCUUGACAUUUCUGCAUUGUAAGCGUGACGAGUCUCUCAUUGAUUCAGUGUCAUAUUUUCAGUGCAGUUCAAAACAAAUGGGGAUACUACACCCAAAGCUUAAGAAACUAGGAUUUCAAACCAUGUGUUUUCAGGCCUGAUUCAGUAAUGUGGCCUGAACAUACACACCGUUGUUGUCAAAGAAGGAAUGAAACACGUCCCUAUGGUCUAAGGCGGAGUAUUCGAUGUCCUAAGAAAUAUGGGGAGACUAUUAAAGAGAGAAAAUACAUGUUGACCCCAAAUUAUGAUUUGGAUCUUGUGUGUGAGCAGAGUAAAGCAGACCCCCAGAAACUCCCGGACGACAGGUAUAUAAGGAAUGCUGCUGUUCUUCCAGAUCUCAAACUAUCCCACAGAGAUGGAGCCCUCACUACAGAAGAGAGGACAUCCAGCAGUGUGCCCACUAGCCAGCCGGGACCUCUGAUGAUCCACGGCUUCACAGUACCAGAGUACCAGCAGACAUAUCAUUCUGUGGUGGAUCCCCUGCUUUUUAGGCCUUGCGGGAAGCUCGCAGCCUACAGUCUGGAGCUGGGCCGUAACAUUAAGGAACAUCUGUUUAAAGAGAUGGCCUACCCCACGAUUCAAAGUUCGGAGCAGCCAAAUGGAGAGAUUAAGAUGAUGGAGCGAUUUUGUGUGCUCCGCCCAACACCUUUCUUAGAUAUAGACAGUUAUGGGGAACCACAGUAAUAUUUUCCUACUGACUUUCUAUUAUACGUGUGUGACUUUUUUUUAUGUCUCUUGAUACUUUAGACUAUUUUCAUUUACCUUGAAAUGUAAUGUAGGUGCUGAAUUUAUAUUCCAAAUGUUUAUUGAA